AGCCAGCCAAAGGGAGGGAGAGAAGAAGAGGAGGAAAGGAGGAGAAGGAGGAGGAGGAGGCGGGACUGGGAAGGAGUUGGAGGCAGAGGCAGAGCGCACAGAGACAGAGGAAGCAAAGAAGGAAGGAAAGAAGGAAGGAGGGAGCGAGGAGGAGGAGGAGGAGGAGAAGCCAAGGGAGAGGAGGAGGAGAGAGCAAGAGGCUGGCUUCCUCCGCUGGGGCAGAAGAAGACCCGAUGUAGGGCUGGCUGGCAAGCAAGCAAGAAUGAUUCCUGCAUUGCGAGUAAAGGGAAUCAUAUGGAUUGGCCAAAGCAGCACAAGGAGCAGUUGAAGUUGCCUAAAGGGAAGGGAAAGCCCAAGGAAGAAACGUGAAGACCAAAUCUGGAAAGUGAGCAAGCAAACGAACAACAAAAUCCAAUCAUGUUUUCCAAGCAAAGGAUUAGAACUAAAAUUUAACAAGACAAGUCUGGAAUGACUGCUGUUGGUUACAUGCACAUCAUGGCCCAAAUUCUCUGGCUGGACAGCUGAGGCACCUGAGUUGCACUUGCAUUUUCAAACUCACACAUAUCCUUUCCACACCUUGGCAGAAGUAGCUAUGCCAAAUGUCCUACUGGAGAGAAGAAAUUGAUAUUGAACAGCAAAGAUGGAAGUAACUUGACAGCUUCAGUUCUAGACGUUGCCUCUGCAAAGGACAGGUUAAGACUGGAAUCACAAGCUUUACCGGGAGAGCAGUAUGCAGGAAGCUGGUUUCCAGGCCACAAAUACUUUCACAGAGUGCAAAUUCACCUGCACUAGUGGUAAAUGCUUGUAUCUUGGCUCACUGAUCUGUAACCAACAAAAUGAUUGUGGAGAUAACAGUGAUGAGGAGAAUUGCCUGCUUGUGACUGAACAUCCACCUCCAAGUAUCUUCAGCUCGGAAUUAGAGUUUGUUCAGAUUAUCAUCAUAAUUGUGGUGAUAACUGUUAUGAUAGUAGUCAUCAUCUGUUUGCUGAACCAUUAUAAAGUGUCAACGAGAUCCUUCAUCAGCCGACAGAGUCAAAGUAGGAGACAAGAGGAUUCUUUGCAGCCGGAGGGGUGUUUGUGGCCUUCUGACAGCUCGUCUUCACGCCAGGGAGCUUCAGAGAUUAUGUAUGCCCCACGGUCAAGGGACAGAUUUACAGCUCCAUCCUUUAUGCAGAGGGAACACUUCAGCCGCUUCCAGCCAACCUAUCCGUACAUGCAGCAUGAGAUUGACCUUCCUCCUACUAUCUCUCUCUCUGAUGGCGAAGAGCCACCUCCAUACCAAGGGCCAUGCACACUGCAACUUCGGGACCCAGAGCAACAGAUGGAGCUCAACAGGGAAUCUGUUAGGGCACCUCCCAACAGGACUAUAUUUGACAGCGACUUGAUAGACAUUACAAUGUACAAUGGGGGCCCUUGCCCACCAAGCAGCAAUUCGGGCAUAAGUGCAACCAAUUAUAGCAGUAAUGGAAGGAUGGAAGGACCACCCCCAACUUACAGUGAGGUCAUGGGGCAUUACCCAGGUUCCUCUUUUUUCCAUCACCAGCAAAGCAACGCACCUCCUUCGUCACAGAGGGGGAGCAGACUACAGUUUCAGCAGAACAAUUCAGAGAGCACAAUAGUCCCUACUAAAGGCAAAGACAGGAAACCGGGAAACCUUGUCUAGGUUUCCCUGCCAUGUGCACUUGGAGAGAGACAGGAGAAUCAAACAGGAGCAUGAUGAAAGUUUCUAUGCCCCUGUGCACAAAAUUGUUAUAAAUUUCAUGUGAUGCAGUUUUAGUAAAACCAAACGUGCAAAGCUGUUCUUUGUUUCUGAUUCCUUUCAGGGGAAUUGCAUGAAAAGUGGUUUGAAAUAAUUACAACCUUCCAUUCAGUUUGGCCACAAGCAGUGUUUGUUUGUUUUUGUUUUUGUUUUUUUUUGGGGGGGGGGCGUUAUAUAUUUUUUUCACUCUAUUUGAAUUAUUUAAUUUUAAGAGGUAACUUAGCACAGAAAUAUGUCUCGAUCAGCCUGGUUUAUAUUAAGAGAAUGAUGUUUAAAAAAAGUGAAUAAGAAAGGGUUAGUAGAUAAAGGGGGCAAAAUUGGCCAGUUUGCUUUCCCUUCCCCUCCCAGAGUGCUGGAAUUGCAUUCUAAUUCAACAUUUCUGUUGUGUGCCAAGAUAUAAAGGUGUGUGUUUUUUUAAAAAAAAGAACACUAGAUGAAUACAAGGAGUUAAUUUGUGUUGUGAUACAAGUGUGUUGAAUUUGCACUAUCUUUAAAUGUUUUAAAUAUUAUAUAUAUGAGGGAACUGUUUUACAUGAAGUUCUUCUAUACGUUGUCUUUUCACCUGUGGAAUACUGAUUAUCCUCUAGGAACCCUUUUCAGGACUUUGCCCAGGCUUCUGUUGAUCGCCAUCAAAUUGGGACUGUGGGAUUACAUGGAUCUCUUUACUAUUUUGCAUAAAUAAAAGUAACUGUCAGAAGACGUCAGAA